GAUAUUUUUAAAGGUCAUCUAUUCGGUCAAAGUUCCUUCACUUCUUCUCAGAAUUAAAUCGCCAGUCUUCUCUCUCUCACUCGGCGACUCUCUGGAACCAUAGUCGCAGCAUCUUCUUCAUCGACGCAAGAAUCCUCGUCGCCAAGCUCUUCUUCCUCAAUUGAUUCAUCCUCGUCGCCAAGAACCCUAGGCGCGGCUUCACCGACGACUCUCCAUACCUAGGCGCCAAGCUUUUCUCCGACAAAUCCAUGGCGUCAAGGACGAAGAGGAAGACCAUUCGGCAACCUAAUUCUUCCUCUCUCCCUGGUUCUUCAUCUCAACAACAAUCUACACCCGAAGUACCAAGGUUUGUCUACCCUCUUAAUCCUCGGAUUUAUUUUGAAGAUGAGGCCAAUUUGAAAACUUUCCUUGAACGAUUCGUUCCUAGGAAGAUUGUCAUUCCUAGGUAUGUCGAUUUGGUGGAGUUUGAAAGAAACCAAGAUUUUGAAUCUGUUUUGUCCAAACUCCGCUCCUCGGGUCUCCUUAAUGUCGUCACCAUUAGAGAGACUCAAGUUCCUUUUGAUUAUAUUAAGGCUUUUUAUGCGUCUCUCAUCUUCAAACAUCGUGGUUCCCAAUUUGUUGUUACGGCUAAGUUUUGUGGAAAAGAGGUUGUUGUUACCAGUUCAGAGCUUAAUUCUAUGUUUGGGAUGUCCAAUUCUGGAGGUGAGAUUACCACAGUGAACAAUGAUCAGAAUCCAUGGUAUGACUUUGAUGAGCGUAAAUGUUGGGAGGCUAUGGAUUUCACGCCCCAAUUCAAUUCAUCCAAACGUCCAAUGGUGAGCGGGAUGACACCACCUCAAAGAUUGCUGCAAUACAUCUAUUCUUAUAUCUUGCGAGGUCGGGUUGGAAAUCAUCCCCAAAUGUCCAAGGAUGACUCGAUGCUCAUCUAUGCAAUUCUCAAGCCGAUUCCCAUCAAUUGGGGCAAAUUCAUUUUGACCUACAUGAACUUCUGUCGUGCAAAGAAACGAGCCCUUCCAUAUCCUCUUCUCGUCACUCAUAUUUUGAAGCAAAAAGGUUUUGAGUUUACUACUGCUGAGAUGACUAAUGAUACUCCUUUUUGGCGAAUCCGAGUGGAAAUCGUAACUCGUGCUCAGAAUGUUGAUGAUGACUCCAGUGACGAUGAUGAUGAUGUUGUUGCUCCUACCCAGAAGCAUCCGAUUUCCUAUAGAGGUAGGGUCUCUCUGCCGAUGUUAUACGACGCUAUGCAAGGACUCCAAACCUCCCUUGACAACUUGAAGAUUCAACAAGCUAUCCAUGGUUAUAAUUUGAACCAAUUGUUGGUCAAGUCGGGAGAACAUUGGGUGGUUCCAUCGAUGGAUGCGUUGGAGCCAUAUAUGUAUCACGGGUCAUCAUCUUCUCAAGAUACGACUACUUAUCAAGAGACUCAGGGAAUUGUUGCUGAUGAUGCUGCUGAUGAUGAGGAAGAUGAGAUGGAUGAGGAAUGAGUGGAUGGGGCACUCAUGUUA